AUGUCAUUCUUCUUCAAAUAUUCUGCGGUUCUGUGGACCACUAAGGCGUGUGAGCACUGUCAUAGAUUGAAGAGAGAGGAGAAGAAGACAUUCAAGUCUCAAAUGCACUUCAUGAUUCAGAACAUUGAGGAGGCAGCCCUGCUCUCUGAGCAUGUCAAUCUGCUUGCUGCUGAGAUGGAACCUGAGACAGCAGAUCAGAAAAUGCGGGAUUUUGAGAUGCAGGUUGACCUGGCUGAGGAGAAGCAGUGA